AUGCCUGCCUGGACUAUUGCUAUUCCCGAAACCCCCUCUGCUACCUAUGUCAUUGUCAAGAACAUCUCUGCUCAGUCAUCUGAAAAGACAGUAAAGGAGUUCUUUUUGUUCUGUGGCAAAAUAAGUGAAUUUGAGCUGACAAUGGAUGAUGAUGACAUUCAUCAAGUCGCUUUGAUCCAUUUCGAGCGUGAAUCUGCUGCCAAGACAGCUACCCUUUUGAGUAACGCUUUGAUUGAUGAUUGCCAUAUUGUGGCUACACCUUACUUUGAGUCCAUUGCUGCUAGUACUUCUACCACUUCCGCUACACCAGCUGCUGAGGACAAGGAAGUAGCUGAAAGCGAUGCUAACACAACUACUCAAGAAUCCAAAGCUAAAUCUCGCAUCGUUGCCGAGAUGUUGGCUAAUGGCUACAUUCUUCAGGAUCAAGUCGUUGCUAAAGGUCUCGAAUAUGACUCCAAGUACAGUCUCUCCAGUCGCUUAAGCAGCUACUUUACUACCCUUACUUCCAACGUAAAGCAAAUCGACGAAAAGUAUAGAAUUUGGGACAAGGCUGUUGAAAUUGAUAACAAGUUCAAGAUCCAAGAAAAGGUACAAAAUGCCGCUCAAACUGCUCAGACCACUGCCAAUGCUGCAUUGCAAUCACCUACUGGUCAAAAGGUAGAACGCAUUGCUAGUCAAACCUUUGCUCAGAUUGCUGCUGUUCAUUUUGAAGCCAAGAAGAUCCAAAAGGAAAAGGGAGCUACUACCACUGCAGCUACCACAACAACAACAACAACAACAAGUGAAUCUGUUGCUGCCGCCUAA